AUGACUUCUUUAACUAAUAUUCCAAUUUGUUUAUUUUGUAAUUGUCCAUCAUCCUGUAGUCUUGGUCAAGGCGAUUUAAUUUUAAUUCGUUCUUCGUCGGAUGAAUCCCAAUCAAUCGUUACGUCUACAACUCGGACACUUGAAGAUAUACCAAACGAUAAAAGAAAUAAUUUUAUAUUAGAAACUGGGAAAAUUAUUGUUCCCGUGGAUUCCGAAUUAUUUAAUAUUGGCUUUCAAUUAUCAUCCGAUGUUAUUUUAAACGGAAAUUUUUGGGUACAUGAGAGAUGUGUCAAGUGGUCACUAGACAAUGAAGGAAAAAUAAAUGAUUACGAUCUUAUUCGAACGGCUAUUACUAAUGCAAUUAAACAGAAAUGUACAAUAUGUGAUCGUUAUGGAGCUUCACUUUCUUGCCGAAAUGAAUCUUGUUCAUUAAAAUUUCAUUUAUCGUGUGCACAAUCGUCCGGCUGUUUUUUUUCUCAUUCACAAUUGACAUUUAUUUGUCCACAACAUUUGGAUUCAGUUGUUCCAAUAUUUGGUUCUGAAUCAUCAUGUGAAGCAUGUUCAGAGCCUGGCGAUGUUCGUGGACAAUUGUUUUGUACGAAUUGUGAUAAACAUUAUCAUGCUGAAUGUCUUAUGCUUGAAUCGAAUCGUGUUGUACGCACUGGUUGGCGUUGUCCGGAUUGUAAAAUUUGUCAAACGUGCCGACAAUCAGGUGAUGAUGCGGAAAUGAUUAUGUGUAAUGUAUGUGAUAAAGGUUAUCAUACAUUUUGCUUACGUAAUCAAUCGAUACCAAAAGAUGGUUGGAGUUGUUCAAGUUGUUUAUCAUUGGAAAAUAAAAAUUCAUCAUCAUCGAAAUCUAUUUGUUCAUUAUGUCAAAAUGAAAUUUUAGCUAAACAAAAUAUUCGUCAAUGUCAUCAAUGUCAAAUGCGUGUUCAUUCAACAUGUCACUCAAUGAAUGAUGAUUAUUACGAUGAUGAUACAGCAUAUUUGUGCAGAUCAUGUUCUGUUUCAUCGAUAACAACGUUACCCAUGGACGAAGCUAAUGAUGAGGACGAUGAUGAUGAUGAUGAUGAUGAUGGUAAAGAAAUUUAUCGUUCAUCGGCAAACUCAAAAAUGAAUAGAUUACUUAGUAAAUCACAAAAAUCAAAUAAUCCACCAACAGUUUCUCCGAGUAGUGGUAUAUCAACUCGUAAACGUCGUAGUAUUGAUUAUAGUCAGCAAUCAUCUCUUGAAUAUACACCCGGUGGUGGUGAUAGUAAUGAAAUGACAGCACCGUCAACCACUACUCGUCAACAAGAAACUCCAUUUUUAUUUGAAUCUUUAUCGAGUAUAAAAGAUGAAUCAUCUGAACAUUCAAUGGAUUUACCAAUGACAACUGCAAUCAAUAUACCCAUAAAACAAGAAUAUGAUGAACAACCAGUAUUACAGCAACCUAUUAAAUCGUUACGUACACAAACAAGUCAAAAAUCAGGCAAAGGAAAACCCCUAUUUGAUAAUCGUUCAUAUGGAGGUGAAAUCAGUAAAAAACGAGCUAGACGAACAUUAAACAAUGGUCAUCGUCGCGCAUCCUCGCCACAACCAUCCAUCACUAUUAAUCCAAUAACAGGUACAAAUCUACCACGUACAGGUACAACAACUGGUACCGGAUGUCGUGGUCGUCCACCGAAAAUUCGAAAAGAAAUUCCUAUUCAAUCAACAAAUAUGGAUGAACCAUCAAUUACUCCAAUGAAUUUAUUAAAUACAAGUGGUGGUAGUACGGGUAGUUCAUAUACAGUUGGAGCUGUUAAACGUGAUGAUGAUGAACACCAUGCUGUUACUGUUCUUUGCUCAUCCGAUGAAUUAUAUACAUUGAGGCAAGACAUGUGUGUUAGUUGUGGAAGUUUUGGUCUAGAUGAGGAAGGACGUCUAAUAUCAUGUACACAAUGUGGUCAAUCAUAUCAUUCCUAUUGUGCUGGAUUAAAUAAAUUAUCAAAAGUUAUAUUAAAACAAGGGUGGCGUUGUUUAGAUUGUACUGUAUGUGAAGGUUGUGGUAAACCAACAGACGAAUCUCGUUUAUUAUUAUGUGAUGAUUGCGAUAUAUCCUAUCAUACAUAUUGUCUUCAACCACCAUUGGAUCAAGUGCCAAAAGGCAAUUGGAAAUGUCAAUGGUGUGUUCGUUGUGUUAAAUGUGGUUCAACAAACCCAGGUCCAGCGGGUUCAUGUUGUUUAUGGGAAAAUAACUAUACUGAAUGUGCUCCAUGUCAUUCACUUAUUAAUUGUCCUGCUUGUGCAAAACCGUAUCGAUCUGAUGAACUUAUUGUUCAAUGUACAUUAUGUGAUCGUUGGCUACAUGGUUCAUGCGAACAUAUCCUAUCCGAAGAUUCAACAUUAUCAACGACAGGAGAUUUUAUUUGUUCGCUGUGUCGACCAACAGCAGCAUUAUCUUCGACAAAUGAAACAAUUCCACCACCACCACCAUCAUCAUCAUCGCCAAAAUCUUCAUCGCCAUCUGAUCAAGCACCAUUACUUGUUGUCGCAACAAAUGCAACAACUAUAAUUCAACCACAAUUACCAACACCGAAAGCAACUAAAUUAGAUGAAGGAGUUUAUCUAACUGACACUGGUUUAGCACAAUUGAAAGCUAUUCGUGUUAAACCAUUACCAAAAAAAGCAGCUGCUGCUGCAGGUAUAACAACGAAUGCGAAAUCAAAACGUGGUGGUUUAGCAAAUUAUUAUAUGGGUGGUGUUAAACGAAAUAAUUCUAGUUCAAUACAUGAUGAUGAUACAAUGGUUAACAGUGCAACUGGCGGUGGAAGUGGAACAAGUGAUGAUGAAGGAACAAAGAAAACACCGGCUACAGUACCGAUUGCAAAAGCGGCGAAAGGUUAUACAGGUAUUGGCGGUUUUCACGUAAAAAUUCGUGGUCAACGUCGUCGUCAAGAUGCUUCAUCAUUAAAUAACGAUCCUCUUCAAGAUGAUAAUCUUCAUGAUGAAUCUUCAGCAACAAAUAAACGCAAACGUGAUCGUCGACCAUUGAAAAAGAAAAGUGUUCUCGAAGAAUAUAUGCCACCUGAUAUGCAGGAAGCAUUUUUUGGUAGUGAUCUUGCAGAAAAAAGUCGUCUUAUGGCUCAAAAUCAUAUUCCUAUUGUGCCAUUACAAUUACAUGAUCAAACAAUAAAUAAUAAUAAUAAUAAUGAAUAUACAAUUAAAUUAGAUCAUGAUACAGUUAAUCGGUUUUUAAUAAAAAAAGCAACAAAAUUAGCAUUAGCUGUUAAAGAAGAACAACGACAACAACCGAUUGUACCUGUACCAACACCAUCAAAUGCUCUACCACAACCGGUUAUAACGGCAACUGAUGAUGAAACUGAUAUGCAAGCUAUUUUGGAUAAUGAAGAAUUUUGUAAUUUUGUAGAAUAUAUGAUGAAUAGUUCAAAAACAACACAAGAUCCUAUGUUACCACUAUGUGGACCCACUGAUAUCGAAGAUUUUCUUGAAUUUAUUGAACAUCCUGAAACACAUAAUGAACUACAAGCUGUUGAUCUUCUUAAUAAUUCAAAUGCAACAAAUCAAAAUGUAUCAAUAUCAAAUGGAAAUAAUACUGUACAAGUGAUACAAUCUCAUCAAACAACAAUGAUAACAACAACAACAACAACAACAUCAUCUCAUCAUCCAACAAAUUCUCAAGUACCAUUAGCAACGCCUACAUCAAAUCUUGUUGUUAUGGCAACGAAUGUUAAUGAUAAUUCAAAACAAAUUAUUAAUAAUUUAGCAAGAGAAAUGAUGGAAUCAACUGGUUUACAUACUACAACAACUUCAUCAAUUUUAUCACAAGCCAAUGUUCAAAAUACGGGCCUUAUCGUUAAACAAGAAUUUCAUGAUCAUGUCCAUCAACAAAGUCCACUAAUGAUUUCUCAACAACAGCAACAACAACAACAACAACAACAACAACAAAGUUGGCCUGCACAACAAACUAUGAUACGUAUGCCAUUGUUGCAAUCAGCUUCGGUGCCAACACCAGCUUGUACUACUCCAACACAAGAUCGUUCAGGAUCAGCAGUAGCUGGUGAACAUACAAAUUUAUUAGAACGAACACGUGAAGAUGAAUUGUUAGGUGCAAAUGCAACUAUGUCAAAUGUACUUUAUUGUAAUGUUAAUCAUCCAGAAUUAAAACAACAAUUUCCUGAUUUCAACGAACGAUUUAAACAAAUGAAAAAAAUCUGGCGUAAAGUUCCAACAGAUGCUAAACAGAACUAUACUCAACAAGCACGUCUGAAUCGAACAAAACGACGUGCGUUAAAGAGUACAAGUAGUCAAUCGUCGACAACAUCAAAAGGUACAAAACGAAAAACUUCAUCGAAACAACAAUCAAGUGAACCUGAAGAUAAUACGAAUGAUAUUGGAGCUGGCAGUGAAAGUCGUUCGUCAACACCAUCAUCAUCUGCAACCAAUGAAACAACUGCAGCCGUUGUUGUUCAUUCAAACGAACAUCAAGAACAUCAAACAACACAUCUCUAUCAACAGCCAAGACCAAUGUAUUCUCCUGGAAGUGGAAAUUUAAUGGUUGCAGCAUCAAAUAACCCUACGAGUUUUCAUCAUCAACCGUAUGUAGCACAACAACAACAACCGAUGCAACGACCUCAACAACAAGGAUAUAAUACACCUGUUUCGGUACCCACUGGUUAUCCACCACCACAACGCUUUAAUUUUCCUUCUCAACAACAAAUUCCACCACCUCAACAACAAUCUCAAAAUUCACCAUAUUUUGAAUAUGCACCAUCCACACCACGUUCCUUACCACAUCAAGCGCAAUCGUCACCAGCAGAAUCAACACCUAUUCUUCUUUCAAAUACAGUCACAAACAAUAAUCCAAUACGAAAAUCAGCAUCAUCAUCAUCGUCAGAUCCUACCACACCAUAUCAUCAUGUCUCUCCUAUGGAUGAAACAUCUCCAUAUCAUCAUCAGCAACAACAACAACAACAACAAUCACCAUAUCCAAAUCAAAUGAAACAACAGCAAUUAUUGCCACGUGGCAUGCCACCAAGACCACAACAAAUUAUGCCAAGAUUUCCACAGCAAGAUGCAAACAAUUUUGUGCGUACACCAUCAUCAGCAGCUCCUGGUCAACCAACCAGAUUUAUUUUUGCAUCACCACCUAAUCAACAAACACAACAACAACAAACAGCUCACUAUGUGCAAUAUACACAACAAAGUCAAGGACAACAUACUGUUGUAGUACAACAAGGACCGAAUGAAUCAUUUCAAAGAAUGUCUGAAAGUUCAGCUCAUCAACAUAUUCAACAACAACAUCAUCAAUUAUCACCUCAAUUUAGUCCUCAUCAUCAUCCGAUAACACCAAAUCCUCAGCAACAUCCAAUGGCUAUGCAAUCACAACAUCAUAUGUCACCUUAUCCAUCUCAACAACAACAACAACAAAUUCAUCAUUCGCAUUCUCAGCAAACACAACACUCACCAACAAUAGUUGUUCAACCUCAAUCACAAUUUUCUCCAUCAUCGGUUCAUCAUCAUCAAUUAACAUUAUCAACUAGUGGUCAUCAAUCACCACCAACUGAUCCUAAUAAAAGACCAAUACAAAUACAAAAGCCACCUCAACAAUUACUUGUUAAACGUGAACCGAUAUCAUAUGAUGAACAACAAGUUAAAACAGAAAUACAUGAUGAUUCAUUGAAUGAAUCAAUGAAUACAAGCAAAACUCGUGCUGAUCCAUUACAUUCUGUACCACCUCAUGUUCUUGAACAAAUCGAUGAAGUCAUAAGUGACGUCGUUUCCGGUGCCGGUACUAUUCCUCAUGAAAUAGCUUCUAACACUCAUCCUCCAUCAACACCUGUUCAAAUAGUACCACUAACUCAACCUAAAAUUCCACCUCCACAUAUGAUUGCAACUCACCAUCCUUAUGUUCAACAACAACAACAGCAGCAACAAGUACAUGAAUGGUCUAAUUAUCAACAACAACCAACAUUAAAUAUAGCUGCUAUGCGUGGCCCACCAUCAUAUUCCCAUUAUCAUCCUCAACAACAGCAACAUCAUCAUGAUCUCUUACCAGCAACAACAAAUGUAAUAAAUACAGCUGGCGUACCACAACAUGAACAACAACAAAUCGUCGCUGAACGUAUAUCAUCUAUAUUAGCAUCAUCCCCACAUGAACAACAACAAACAAGUGUAACACAAGCACCUAUACAAAUAAAACGUGCCUGGCCAGUGAACCAACAAGGUGAUAGUCAUUUUCUUGCUGUAUCAUCAACAGAUCCAUCAAUUUCCCUUGAAGAUUUACUUGAACGAGAUUUUAAAGAUAAACAACAACAGCAACAACAACAACAGUCAACUAGUACAACUGAAUGGUCAGUUGAACGUAAUACAAAAUCUACAGUAAACUCUACAACACAACAAACACCUCUAACACUUGCACAUGCUGUUCAUCUUCUUCAACAAGCUAUUACACAUCCAUUAUAUCAACAAUCUCCACCACCCGAAUUAAGUGGUCUUGUUAGUGUUGGACGUGAUAAUGAUUUAACAAAACUUGAUGCUAAUAUAAAUGAAGAACAAUUUGAACGUUAUGCACGUUGGUUAAAACAAAGACGAGAAAUUAAUAGCUUAAGAAUAAAAGCUGAUGAAACAAAUUUAGCUGAUAUUAAAAAAAAGAGAAAUAUUUUACUUAAAAAACAAAAACAAUCUGCCUGUACACCUGAAGAAGAGCAAGAAAUGCCACGUUUAUCUCAACAACAAACUGAAUAUUCGCGAACAUUAACAGCAAUGCGCAAAGAAAGAAAACAAUUUGAUGAAUUAGAACAAGCCUUUCUUGUCUAUAAACAAAGUCGAUUAAAUGCUUUAUAUCCUCCUAAAUCAUCGCCUCUAUCGACGGAACAACAUCCAGAAACUAUCGUUCGUAUAAUGUCAAUGACAAACACUCCUCAAACGUCUAUUCAACCACUACAACGAUUUCUUUCUGAACAUCCUUCAAGCACAAUGACACUGACAUCAACAUCAAAUACGGAUGAACAUGAUGAUUUCGCUGCUGAUGAUCAAACAUCAUUGUCACCAUCGAUUACAACUGAUGUACAACAAAAACAAACAACAUUUAUACAACAAGAGAAUCAAUCAAUUAAUUUAACUUUACCAUCAUUGCAUAGUUCAUCAUCUCCAUCAUCCUCAUUUUUAAAACCCAUGCAACCACUAACAUCAUCAAAUAAUGAUCCAUCAUUGUCAUCCAUGGAUUAUCAACAAAUGACAAGUAGUCCAAAUCAUGAAAAUGAAACAAUACCAUUUGAACCUUGUCGAACAUCACCAAGUGUUCCAAAUGAAGAUGAAUCUAUAGGUACGUCAUCAGUUAACUCGAACAUUCAAUCGACUGUUAUUGAUGAACAUGAGCAAUGA